AUGGCGCAAAAGACUACCCUCAAGGAGUUCGAGUCGGUCUACCCCAAGCUUGAGGAGGCCCUUCUCGACCAUGCCCGCUCCUACAAGCUCCCCCAGGAGCAGCUCGACUGGUACAAGAAGAACCUCGAGAUCAACCCCCUGGGCGGCAAAUGCAACCGCGGCAUGUCCGUCCCCGACUCCGUCUCCCUCCUCCUCGGCAAGGCUCUCUCCGAAGACGAGUACUUUCACGCUGCCACCCUUGGCUGGAUGACCGAGCUGCUUCAGGCCUUCUUCCUCGUCUCUGACGACAUCAUGGACAGCAGCAUCACCCGCCGUGGCCAGCCCUGCUGGUACCGUCAGGACGGUGUCGGCAUGAUUGCCAUCAACGACGCAUUCAUGCUCGAGGCCGCCAUCUACACCCUGCUCAAGAAGUACUUCAAGACCCACCCCGCCUACGUCGACCUCAUUGAGCUCUUCCACGAGACCACCUUCCAGACUGAGAUGGGCCAGCUGUGCGAUCUCAUUACCGCCCCCGAGGAUCGCGUCAACCUCGAUAACUUCUCCCUCGAGAAGUACAGCUUCAUUGUUGUCUACAAGACUGCCUACUACUCCUUCUAUCUCCCCGUCGCCCUCGCCCUCCUCCAGCUGAACCUCGCCACCCCUAAGAACCUCAAGCAGGCUGAGGAUAUCCUCAUUCCCCUUGGCGAGUACUUCCAGAUCCAGGACGACUACCUUGACAACUUUGGCGACCCCGAGUUCAUUGGCAAGAUCGGCACUGAUAUCAAGGACAACAAGUGCUCCUGGCUCGUCAACCAGGCCCUCGCCAUUGUCACUCCUGAGCAGCGUAAGGUUCUCGAGGAGAACUACGGCCGCAAGGAUGACGCCAAAGAGAAGGUCAUCAAGCAGCUCUUCAACGAGCUCAACCUCGAGCAGCGCUACCUCGACUACGAGGAGAAGUUUGUCACUGACAUCCGCGCUCGCAUCGCCAACAUCGACGAGAGCGAAGGUCUCAAGAAGUCUAUCUUUGAGGCCUUCCUGGCCAAGAUCUACAAGCGAACCAAGUAA